AUGGAUUCAGAACAAGCUAAGACUCCUAUCGGAUUUCUCUCCUCCUCCUCCACCCAAACCCCUAACUCACUCUCUCUUGCUUCACACUCCAGCCCGCGCCAAUUCGAAUCCACAAUCCUCUCCUUCCUUUUGUUACCUGAUUCUCCGUUGUUCUCCAAUAGCUCCUCCUUUGACCGAGUGCUUCAUGACUUUCUCUCCACAUCUAGUGAUGAUGACUCUGCUCAUGAUCAACUCAUUGACCGCACUCUUCAACGUGUCUCACUUCUUCUUGAAUCCACUAAACGGUGCUUUCGUAAGCGACUCACACUCUACAAUUCCGUCUCAUGGUUCCUCCCUCAAGACCUCACAAUUAAGGUGUUUUCGAUGCUUGAUACAAAGUCUCUAAUGCAAGCUGCGGCUUGUUGCACCAUGUUUAGCAAAUCUGCCAGACCUUUAUGUUAUUCCCACAUAGACUUGACAAACGCAUCUACACAUGUUGAUGAUGUUGUUUUGCGUACUAUGAUCCAUCGUGCUGGAAAUAAACUCAGAUCCCUUAAAGUUGGUAAUGAUGGUUUUAACUAUUUCCACACUUUUCCUACAAUCCACUAUUAUCUUCUGAUCCUGAAUUCACUUGGACGCUGGAGGUUCGAGUCCUUGACACUUGACAGACAAGAGUAGCUGAAGUGAGAGAGCGUUUCUGUAGUGACACACAAGGAUGAACAACGAGGAUACAAUGAAUCUAAAUGACGCAGAAGACUACAUGAGUGGGGAUGAGCUGAUUGAUUAAAACUCAGAUGGAGAUGAAGCAGUAGCAGUGGAGGAUACUCUCAUGAGCACAGCUGAAACCCGUGCCAAAAGAGGUAAACGCAGAACCUCUACAUGCUGGAAGCAUUUUAGGAUAGUAGGAGAGAAGUAUCCAGAUGGUUCGAAUGACGUAGUGUGCAAAUUUUGCAAACACAACAACUACUUAAACCUGCGUAGGAGUGGAACAUCUAGUCUUUUGCGUCAUAUGAAAGUAUGUACUUUGAAUCCUGUCCCUGGUACACCUGGAUCUGGUAGGAAGAUAGAUCAGCUUGUGUUUCGUGAGAUGAUUGCAAUAGCCUUGAUUGAGCAUAACCUGCCGUACUCUUUUGUUGAGUACAGAAGAGUUAGGGAAGCGCUUCAUUAUGUGAAUCCUGGUAUAGAGUUCUGGUGUAGGGUUACAGCUGCUAAAGACUGU